CUGGUGUGUGUUUCAAAGUUGAAAGUGCAUUUGUCGUGGGCGGGGAGGAUGUGUAUGUGUUGUGUGGGGACUGAUUAUGAUAUGGAGACCAAUGUUAUAUGAACUGUUGCAGUUUUGGACAUUAGUGUUAUAGGGACUGUUGCAGUUAUGGACAUUAUUGUUAUAUGGACUGUUGCAGUUAUGGACAUUUUGGACCCUUAGACGAGCCAUGACAGUGUUGCUUGUGUGGUAGGGUGCUUGUGUACUGAUUCUUUUCCCUGCCCCGAAGCCUGAGUGGUGCUCUAGACGAUUUCCCACACCCGUCAGCCUUGAUGGGCAAUCAUCUGGCUACCAUGCUGGUUGGCUGGUGUGGUGAUUGUAGCUCGGAUAAGAGGCAGGGAGCGGCGGGACUGUGGAGGUGGAGUAGGGGAGAAAGCGAUGUCCUGCUGCCUGCUGACCGCUGUUUGCUGACUGUGGCUGCCGACGAGGACGUUGAGCCGCUGUGGGCUAUCUACGCUAGACGAUCGCCACAGUAAAGGGAAGAGCUAUUUGUAUUCUUUGGUUAUUUCACAUGUCCAUGUAGCUCACGAUGGUGUUGGAAUUCCAGGCGGGUGCUGCCGGACGACGAGAUGGAGCCUGAUCCGGAGGAGAGCCGCAGUUGAGUGACAACGCUAACUUGGAGUGCAUCAAAAGGGACGGUGAUAUUCCAACUCUGCAUCGUUGUGCGAGUGAGCGUCGCUGACACUGCUGGCUAGAGUGGUCUAAUGGCCUGUGUUUUGUCAACAGUUUCAGCCGGGACUCAGUGCUGCUUCUACUUCCGUGGUUGACGACUCCACUGGCGUGCUGACGUGAACAUCGUAUCGCCGUGACGUCACCUUCAAGAACUAGGCUCACUGCCGAUCCGAUAGCGGACUACAUUUCCCAGAGGCCCCGGUGGUGAUUCGUGCUUAUGACUUUUGAAGUGCCUUAUGGUUCCGAGAUGGGAUUGACUACACGUGUGGUUUUGAGUGGCCAACCCUGAACAUGUCCGCCCCUAUAAGUUUUACCCUCCUGUCUAGAGUGGCGACCCAUGUGUUAUUACAUAAUAAAUAAAUCUGUAUUUUUACAAAAAACCGUAAUCUCGUGUUGUGGUGUGUGUAACUGGGAUCUGUUGGUACUUAAGGCUACUGGCCCUUGGCUGGUGACAUCUUUCUUGGCGUAGUCGGCAGGAUCCCAGUACACACCUACAAUAUGGAUGAAGCCCCGGCUAGGGAGGGGGCCGGUACGGUUAAUGCGGUUUUAAUGCCUUGGUUUAUGGGUGGCCCGUGGAUACCUAAAUUUAGUGGGAAGGGGGGGGGUGCUACAUAUGGGGAGUGGCAGGCCCAAAUCGAGGCUUUCCUGCGUGCUCAAGGAUUAAGCGGGCAACAAAAACUGGACUUCAUCCUUAGUGCCCUUGAAGGUGAGGCCAAACAGGAAGUACUGCUUGCAGAGCCAGAUAAACGUGACACGGAUACCAACCUCUUUGCCCUACUGAAGACCCUUUAUGGAAAAGCUGAGCCAGUUGCCCAACUGCGAGCAAAGUUUUUCCAGUGCCGCCAAGGGGUAGAUGAAGGGGUGGGGGCCUUUGUGCUGCGUCUCCGCGAACUGCAUCAUCGAUGGCGUGCUGUGGACCCUGCGCCCGUGGGGGGGGACGAUGAAAUGCUCCGGGCCCAGUUUUUGAUGGGAUUAAAGCCAGGUCCUGUGCAGCAAGAGUUACAACGUCAGCCCCGCCGUCUGCCCGGCCUGACCUUCGCGGAGACCUGUACUGAGGCGAAGGCAUUAGAAAAGGAGUUACAGCAAGAGGAGGCGCAUGUAUGCAGGACCCAAAUGGCCCAGCUGGCACCAACAGCCACAGCAACAGAUCCGACCUGGCAACAGUGGAAAGACUCUUUAAAGUCCGAGUUGCAACAGGAGCUCAAGGAGCAAGUCUCAGCACUGAGCAAAAAUCUACUGGAGGAGUUCAAGAAGCUCCACCUACAAGACUCCCAGGGUGAAGUUAUCCAGCGGAUCCGUGAUGCCCCAGCCACUGCCUCGUCCUCCAGACCUCGGCAUACCCGCCCUGCUGGUGAGCCUCGGUCCUUCCAGUGGGAUGCUCAAGGCCGACCCAUAUGUCGAGACUGCGGAGAGUCUGGACACGUUCAGCGCUUUUGCCCCCGUCGUCGUCAGAAUUUUUAGAACCCUCGGUUGCCUU